AUGUCCUGGGAGAGGACUAUUUUUGGCUCAGCCAUGAAUAACUGUGUGCUCCUGGAGGAACUGCUGAUCAAAAAAUCCCAGCAGAAGAGGAGGACAUCACCCUCCAACUUUAAAGUGCGCUUCUUUGUCUUAACGAAAUCCAAGUUGGCUUACUACGAACAUCGCCCUGGGAAAAAAAGGACUUUGAAGGGUUCUGUGGAACUUUCCAGGAUUAAAUGUGUGGAAAUUGUGAAAAGUGACAUCAUCAUUCCCUGUCAGUAUAAAUAUCCUUUCCAGAUCGUCCACGAUAACUACAUACUCUACGUGUUUGCACCCAAUCGUGAGAGCCGGCAGAGAUGGGUCUUUACGCUGAAGGAAGAAACCAGAAACAACAACAGUUUGGUUUCAAAAUGUCACCCAGAUUUUUGGAUAGAUGGCAAGUGGAGAUGUUGUGCUCAGACAGAGAAGAUGGCAGCUGGCUGUGUAGAGUAUGAUCCCACAAAAAAUGCCUCAAAGAAGCCCCUUCCUCCCACUCCUGAAGAUAACUGGAAACUGUUGCUAGACCCAAAGGAAGCUGUAGUCAUGGCCAUAUAUGACUAUGAAGCCCAGAAUCCACGGGAGCUGACGUUACGAUAUAAUGAGGAAUAUUAUGUGAUUGACAGCUCCGAGGAACAUUGGUGGCUGAUUCAAGAUAAGAAUGGGCAUGAAGGCUACGUGCCAAGUAGCUACCUGGUGGAAAAAUCACCCGAGAAUCUGCAAAUAUAUGAAUGGUACAAUAAGAACAUCAGCAGAAGCAAAGCAGAAACACUCCUCAAGGAUGAGGGUAGGGAAGGUGCCUUCAUGGUGAGAGAUUCAAGGCAGCCUGGCAUGUACACGGUCUCUGUUUUCACCAAAGCAUUAAGCACGGAUAACAAUCCUGUUAUAAAGCAUUAUCACAUCAAUGAGACAACUGGCUUUCCUAAGCGAUAUUACUUGGCAGAAAAGCAUGUGUUUGACUGUAUCCCUGAACUCAUCAACUAUCACCAGCACAAUGCCGGGGGUCUUGUCACUCGUUUGCGGUAUGCAGUCUCUUCUUGGAGAAAAACAGCCCCAAUCACUGCAGGGCUGAGCUACGGAAAAUUGGUCAUUAACCCCUCUGAGCUCACCCGUAUACAGGAAAUCGGCAGUGGUCAGUUUGGGGUGGUCUACCUUGGCUACUUGCUAGAGAAGACAAAAGUAGCCAUAAAGACCAUUCGUGAAGGAGCAAUGUCUGAAGAGGAUUUCGUUGAGGAAGCUAAAGUCUUGAUGAAGCUGUCUCACCCCAAGUUAGUCCAGCUUUAUGGCGUGUGCUUUGAGAACACUCCCAUAUGCCUGGUGUUUGAGUUCAUGGAGAACGGCUGCUUGUCUGACUACCUCAGGAGCCAGCGUGGCAGUUUUUCACAGGAGACCCUGCUGGGGAUGUGCCAAGAUGUGUGCGAAGGAAUGGCUUAUCUAGAACAAAACUCUGUCAUCCACAGAGACCUGGCUGCUAGGAACUGCCUGGUGGGGGAAUCCCACGUGGUCAAGGUGUCCGACUUUGGGAUGUCGAGGAUUGUCCUUGACGACCAAUAUACCAGCUCCACGGGUACCAAGUUUCCAGUCAAGUGGUCUGCUCCGGAGGUUUUCUCCUACAGCAACUAUAGCACCAAAUCUGAUGUUUGGUCAUUUGGAGUGCUGAUGUGGGAGGUCUUCAGUGAAGGUAAAAUCCCCUAUGAGAAUCGCACCAAUGGAGAAGUGGUGGAAGAAAUCAAUGCAGGAUUUCGGCUUUACAAACCCAAACUGGCCUCCAAGGCGAUAUAUGAUGUCAUGAGCCACUGCUGGAGGAUGAGGAAAGAUGAACGGCCAUCCUUUUCUGUUCUGCUGUACCAGCUGAGUGAAAUCUCUGAGUUUGAUCUGUAA